ACUAGUGCAUAAGUAGGAAAAUUAAAAAAAGAAGCUAAUAAAAACAAAACCAAGGCUUCUCAACGAUCUUAAGACAUGUUGUGAGAUAUCAAGAGUUUUGAAAGACCUUUUCACUGUUUUUAUGUUUUCCUUUUUUUUAACCAAAUUUUUCUUAAAUAAAUCAAAAGGCGUACCAAGCACCAAACCGUUCUGACAACUGCUUUUCAAAUCCUUCCGACGCACAAGAAAACGCGAUUUGUGCACUUCCCCAUAUGAGAUUCCUCUUUCAAUCACCGGGGUUACCGCAGCCAUCGCAAGACAUUCCGUUCCCCAAGUUCAACAUCCAACAAUAAUAUUUGUCGACUCGCUAAGUUACAAACUUUGGUUAACGUGUCCACAGCCAUGCACCACAGACAGCAACGAAGCAACAGCCGAAAAGGAAAAACAAGAAAGAACAAUGUGCCUACACACAAUCAACCGCGUACUUAGAGAAUUCAACUUCACUUUCCAUAGACUAUUAAACGAUACGAGUGCGCACAUACCUCGCGCGCACCUUGAGACGCAGCAACGGCGAAUAGUUUGCAAGUUCAACAGCGGUGUUUGUCGUCGACUUAAUUUGCUACCGACAAAGAAAACCAAUUUCGUUAGCACCAACAGCGACGUCGUCGCGCUAGUGUGGUGUCGUGUUAGUCGUUUGCGCCGACGCCGAUUUGAUCUGUUGAACAACCUGUUCGAUGGUGGCGCGAAUUCGCAUUGAAUUAUUUUUGUUUUUUGGGUUUCCUUCAUUUUUGGUCGGUAUCAAGUAAAUCGCAGAAGAAGAAGCUGAGCAACGAAGAAUAGUUGGCCGAACACAUCGUCGUCGUCGUCGUCGUCGUCUUAUUCACCAUGAAUAUUAAAAACACUCACACCAGCCGAACGGUGAGCAUUCAAAGUUACGUUUCCUCGGCGUUAAGACGCGCGUUACCCACUGAGAAUACGGUUCAGUGCAAACGGCGAAGAAAACGGGCCCGCGGUUCAAACAGCGGCAAAGCAAAAAUAUAGGAAAAAAGCAAAAGUGUUUAGAACGCAACGGCAGCGUUAAGAAGCUGAUGUAAAAGUCCAUAAGCAAACGAGUGCAAAGUGCAAAUAAAGACAUUGAAGAAAAUUAAAAAAUCAAGAAAUUUAUUUACAACCGAUUUAUUAAAGAUUUUCUAAAACCAAAGACCAAAAACCAGAACACUAGAACUUUGAAACUUUUGAGUUUGUGCUUAUAAGAAAUAACUGUGCUUAAUGCGUGCGAAUAAAAUUAAGGUAGCCGCAGCCUAAUAUGUGACUAAAUGAACUAUUCCACAAAAUAAAGAAAAAAACUGAAGAUAAUCACACAAAAACAAAAUGUUCUUCCUCCUUAAAACACGUUACCUGCUUCCCGCGUUCAUCUGUCUUUUCUGCGCCUACACUUUAGCACAAGAACGCAAUGUUAUACUGGAAACCUUCGACUUUUUGCGACGCGGUCAGCAAGAUGCUGAUUUGGAGAAUUACGACAACAAUUUGCAAAUGGAAGGUGAAUAUGAUUUUAUAGUCGUUGGUGCGGGCACAGCAGGUUGUGCGAUCGCCGCGCGCCUUUCUGAGAAUCCCAAGUGGAAGGUGUUGCUGCUCGAGGCUGGUGGACCGGAGAGUCUCAUUAUGGAUGUGCCGAUAGUGGCGCAUUUUCUGCAACUCGGCGAAAUGAAUUGGAAGUACCGCACACAGCCGUCCGAUCGCGCUUGUUUGGCGAUGAACAACAAUCGUUGCAACUGGCCGCGUGGGAAGGUUAUGGGCGGCUCGUCGGUGCUAAACUAUAUGAUGUAUACUCGUGGCAAUCGACGCGAUUACGAUCGCUGGGCGGAGUUAGGCAAUGUGGGCUGGAGUUGGCGUGAUGUGUUGCCGUAUUUUAAGAAGUACGAGGGUUCGAGUGUGCCCGACGCCGAUGAGGACCUGGUCGGACGCGAUGGUCCCGUAAAGGUCUCCUACGUUAACUGGCGUUCGAAGAUUGCUGAGGCUUUUCUCGAAGCCGCGCAGCAGGAUGGCUUGGAUCGCCGCGACUAUAAUGGGCACAUACAGAAUGGCGUAAGUUAUCUGCAUACCACUACGCGCAAUUCGACACGUUGGAGUUCAAACCGCGCCUACUUGUAUCCGCUGAAGGGCAAACGCCGUAAUUUGCAUGUCAAGAAAUUCGCUUUGGUAACAAAGAUACUUAUCGAUCCGACCACAAAAACUGCAUAUGGCAUUAUUGUGCGUACUGAUGGACAGGAACACAAAAUACUUGCACGUCGCGAGGUUAUUGUUAGCGCUGGCGCCAUUAAUUCGCCACAACUGUUGAUGCUUUCGGGCAUUGGACCGGCGAAGCAUUUGCGUGAGAUGGGUAUUAAGCCUAUUGCGGAUUUGGCUGUUGGCUACAAUCUGCAAGAUCAUACAGCCCCUGCGGUGACUUUCACCACCAACGCGACUUCACUGCAUUUCGAAGACUUUGCCGAUCCAACGUUGGUGAAUCGUUUCAAUCGUCAGGAAGGGCCGUACGGCUCACCCGGCGGCUGUGAGGCUAUAGCUUUCUGGGACUUGGAUCAUCCGCAAUUGAAAGACGGUUGGCCGGAUAUUGAAUUGUUCUUAGUAGGCGGCUCAAUGUCCUCUAAUCCAGCAAUAUCCCGCGCUUUUGGUCUUAAAAAAAUUAUCUACGACGCCAUGUUCGCAGAAAUAGAAGAUCGUGAACUCAAUGCCUUCAUGAUAUUCCCCAUGAUCUUGCGGCCGAAGAGUCGUGGACGCAUUAUGCUAAAAAGCACUGAUCCACAAAAAUAUCCACUCAUCUACUCAAACUACUAUUCGCAUCCCUACGAUGUCGACAUAUCAGUGCGUGGCGUGCUAAAGGCAAUAAGUCUAGCCAAUUACCCAGCCUUUAAGAAGAUCAACGCCAAAGUAUGGAACCGCCGCAUACCAACUUGCCCCGGACUCAAAUUCGGCACUCGCGAAUAUUGGGAAUGUCAUGUGCGACACUUCACAUUCACCAUCUAUCACUAUUCGGGCACUGUGAAAAUGGGUCCAGCAACAGAUCCCACAGCGGUAUUGGAUCCGAGAUUGCGCGUGUAUGGCAUUAAAAAUUUGCGUGUGGCUGAUGCAAGCAUCAUGCCGGAGAUCAUGUCGGGCCAUCCGAAUGGUCCGGUUUUCAUGAUUGCUGAGAAGGCGGCGGAUAUGAUUAAAGAGGAUCAUGGUUUCAAGCAGUGACGAAUAAAGGGUAGCUAAAGGAAUAGAAUUAAGUGAAGUUGAGUAUUUGAAUGCCAAGCUUUCCAAAAUGGGGACACAAAAUAAUUCUUAAGUUCGGGUGGGCACAUUGUAGAGCAAUUCUCACACAAUAAUAAUUUAAUUUAGCCGCUAAGUGAACAACGAAACGAGUUGCCAAGUAAAUUUACACAGUGUUUAGUGUUUUAAGUGUGCGCUUUUAAGAAAAUAUGUAUUAAAAGAUAAUUAGUUUUUAAUCUAACAAAUGUACAAGGCAAGCUUUUGCUUUUCGCUGAGCAACAAUGAAGAAUUCUAAGUCUAAAUAUUUACAGUUACUUUUAAAUAGUCAAAUAAUUAAGUAAAACAAUCAGUGCACUGAAAAAAGUUAAUAUCG